AUUGUGCUUCCUGAUAGCCUCUGACAGUCGCUCAGCUGUUGCACUAAAGUUUUGACAUAGUUUGAGAGUUUUAUAGUAUUUACUAGAUGCUUUUCUUCAUUGGAAGCAAAUGUGCUGCUUCUGCUUUUAAUCUGUCUUCUUCAUCGAGUGCCAUCCUGUAAAUCAACCCGGUUCAUAUCUUUAAUUUAUAUAACAGUAAAUUGGUUCAGUAACUUUUCGGAAUGAGUUUGAACGAGCACUCCUUGCAGGCUCUGUCAUGGAGAAAACUGUACUUGAGUCGAGCAAAGUUAAAAGCCACAAGUCGCACUUCAGCUCUGUUGUCCGGAUUCGCGAUGGUUGCCAUGGUGGAGGUACAGCUGGAGCGGGAAUUUACGUAUCCUCCAGGGCUGCUGAUAGCCUUCAGUGCCUGUACCACAGUUCUGGUUGCAGUCCACCUCUUCGCCCUCAUGAUCAGCACCUGCAUCCUCCCUAAUCUCGAGGCUGUCAGCAAUGUUCACAACCUCAACUCCGUCCACGAGUCUCCCCACGAGCGCAUGCACCACCACAUAGAAUUGGCCUGGGCUUUCUCCACGGUCAUCGGCACCCUCCUCUUCCUGACAGAGGUGAUGCUCUUGUGCUGGGUGAAGUUCUUACCCCUCAAAAACGGCGAAAGCAACACCUCCAUAAGUCCCGGUGAGGCCGCAGCCAUCGCUUCCACCUGCAUCAUGGUGCCGUUUGGAAUCGUUUUUAUCAUGUUCGCCGUCCACUUUUACCGCACACUCGUCAGUCACAAAACGGACCGGCAGAUCCGAGAUCUGGAGCAGGUCAUUCAGCUCCAGAACCAGCUGGACCAUAGGGGUGAGAAUGACGACCUGAAGGCCACUAUCCAUUUCCCUUGAUAGCACGCAGCAGCAGCAGACAUUCAACAAUGCCUUUUAUUGUGUCUCUUAUAAAAGCUUUAUAUUUUAUCUAUAUAUGUGUGUGUGUGUGUGUGUGUGUGUGUGUGUGUGUGUGUGUGUGUGUGUGUGUGUGUGUGUGUGUGUGUGUAGUAGGUUUUGACUCCACUUUUGGAUAAUGCAUGUUCACAAACUUCUCCACCUUUUUCAGUGGCUGGUAUAACGACAUGUCACAUCAUAUGGUAACAUUACAUAUUUUAGGAGUGCACACUAUCAUCUGAAGUUUAGUGAUGCAAAUUUGUUCUUAUGUUUAUUAAAUUAAGCCAGCUACAAAUUACAACAGAUGUAUUGUACAGAAAUUAAAAAUAUGUUGUUAGUAUCACCAACCUGGGGAAGGUCCACAUCAGAGCAAAACAAUGACAAUUAAAAGUGCACUUUGUUGUUUUAAUAUGACUCUACACGGCCAGAACUUCUUUUCAAUAUUCAUGUAAAUGUUAUUUUUAGUUCAGGUUGACAGAAGAUGGUCCUGCUCUUGUGUCUCAUGUGUUCAUCUGUCUGAGCUGUUACACCUGUGGCCUUGAUAUUGUCCCACACGGUGGGUUGCAUUGACUUCUCUUAUGUUUGGCUUUAAAUGAGGCUUUGUGGGGAUCAUUACCAACACUUUAUUAUCAAUACAGAUUUUAAUAUUCAAGGUGUGAGUUCUCUGAAAUAUCAGUUUUAUUAGAAUCACUGUCUGCAUGUUUUAAAACCAAAGUUAUGGAACAAGUUGCAUCCUUUUAAAAGAAAAUGUACAAGGGUUUUGCUUGUUUUUUUAAAAAUAAUAAUAGUUUUUGAUUCUUAAUAAUAAUAAUAAUAAUAAUAAUAAUAAUGCAUCAGAUUUAUAUAGCGCCAUUCAUAAUUGUCAAAGAAGCUUUACAUACUGUAGUAGCACAAUCCAAACAAGCUGUAACCUCUUUAUUAUAGACCGAAAAAAAGAUAUUGAUAUAUAUAAUAUGAUAAAAACAAAUUAAACGACCAUUUUACUAUUUUGAUGGGCUCCAAAAAUCUGUAUGCAUAAGAAUAUUAAGACGUUUUACAAAAACAAAUAGAAGUAGAUCAAUCCAACAGUAUUUGUGUGUAAUCAAACACUUCUUAAAAACAUGCUUUUAACCAAAGUGUGUUAUUGCAGUGCGCAUAUUUCUAUAGCAAGUGUUCGGUGACGACCACGACUGUAAAUGCAAAAUAACCAAAAUAAAUGUUGGGUAGAAAAUAGAGGAAUUUGCUCGAUUUCACGCUGCUUUUGCAAAUAUGCUGUUAUCCAUAGAUGGUUCCUGGCUUUGUUAAAGUAUUGGUGAAUGUUUUGAUACAAAGCAUGCGCGUAUUGGAAAUGUUUUGUACUUUUCAUAGUUUACAAGCUUGAGCGUGUUCACACAUUGUUUCGGUUACAGAUUGUUGAAGUGUGAAGAAUAAGUGUGUGUUCUUUUGUUGACAUGGGUUUGACUCUUUUCUCUUUCUUUAUCAACUUCGCUGUAACGUUGAUACAAAAACUCUUUUCAAGUUCAACUGAGGAAACGUGAAGAUAUUUAGAGCUGCUCGUAUGUGAUGGCGUUGUGACAAAAUGUAAUAUCAUAUCCUGUGAUUGUAACAUACUGUAAAUGUAUCAAGGUAAUGCUGUGGUCUUUAUUGCAAUACAAGAUCUUUGUAAUCUGUAAUCCAAAUUGUCCAGAUGAUAACAUCUCUGUGACGCGUAGCAGAGAACAAGGAGCCACGAAGGGUUAGUCACUUCCAGACAGUUUAGUCAAAUGUGUGUUACGUUUCUCCAAAUCUCUGUUUAGGUGUUUCUUUAGGACUCGCAAGGACUAAAGUGAAGACAUCAACCUCACACGCUCUGGGACACUCAUGAUAGGACUUGCAACACGUACCUUCUUUAGAAACAGAUCAAUGCAAAGCAAGGCCUCUUUCUGUGGUUUAUUUAUUGAACCUAAGUUACUGUACAUACGGAGGUUCCACUGCUUGUGUUAAUGCACAGCUUUAAAGUGAUUUUUCUUUUAGUCUUUACUGUAUUGUAAGUUUUGCAUAUAUGUGGUGUUUUUAACCUGAGUCAGCAGGACUUUGUUUUUGUUGCCAGUUUGAGAAUAAAACACACAUCUGCGAUCA